GAUGCGACGGAACGAAGUGAAAACCAGUAACUUUUGUGGUAAAAUUCUGUAAAGACGUGUCUCAUUCACUAUUAAAAUAAUAUUUAGAUUGUAGUUUUUCCACUAAGACAUCUACUAAAGGUGUAUAUAAGAUAUUUUUAGACGUGUAAUAAACUUAAAACAUUGACGGUGUUUACAAUAAAAAUGACGCAUACCCGCCGACCUCUUGUCAUUUGAGACACUUAGUACUAACGUGAUAACGAAGAUAAACGCUCCGAUAGCGUCCCCAAUUUUGUAUCAAACUAAAUUAUACCUACUUGUAAUUCGAAUUGUAUUUGCCACCGGUGAAUAUUAAAGGUCGAUUUUAGUGUCGUGUAAGAGUUUAAAAUGUCGGAAAUAGUGCAUGUUCAGGCGGGCCAGUGCGGAAAUCAAAUAGGAUCAAAGUUCUGGGAAAUAAUAUCGGAUGAGCACGGAAUCGACCCCACGGGAGCUUGUAUCGGCGACAACCCUCUACAGAAGGAGCGGCUGAACGUAUACUAUAAUGAAGCAGCUGGAGGUAGAUACGUACCACGUGCGGUUCUCGUGGACUUGGAGCCGGGCACGAUGGACGCGGUGCGCUCCGGACCUUAUGGACAGCUGUUUAGACCGGACAACUUCGUGUUCGGACAGAGCGGCGCUGGCAACAACUGGGCCAAGGGUCAUUACACUGAGGGCGCGGAGCUGGUCGACUCAGUGCUGGACGUUGUGAGGAAAGAAGCAGAAGGAUGCGAUUGUUUGCAAGGAUUCCAGUUGGCACAUUCUUUGGGCGGAGGUACUGGUUCUGGACUGGGUACGCUGCUCAUCAGCAAGAUCAGGGAGGAGUUUCCUGACAGGAUCAUGAACACGUUCAGCGUUGUGCCGUCACCUAAAGUGAGCGAUGUAGUCCUAGAGCCAUACAACGCAACUCUAUCAGUACACCAGCUGGUAGAGAACACAGACAUGUCGUUUUGCAUCGACAAUGAAGCUCUCUACAACAUCUGCUUCCGUACGUUGAGACUCAGCAGCCCAACUUACGGUGAUCUUAAUCAUUUGAUUUCGUUAACUAUGUCAGGUGUGACAACUUGCCUGCGGUUCCCCGGUCAGCUCAACUCUGGUUUGAGGAAACUCGCUGUCAAUAUGGUUCCCUUCCCUAGAUUACAUUUCUUCAUGCCCGGUUUCGCUCCGUUAACGGCUAAAAACUCGUUCAAUUAUCGCGCUCAAUCAGUCCCGGAAUUGAUGAGUCAGAUGUUCAACCCUGGCAACAUGAUGACCGCAUGCGACCCCCGACACGGGCGAUACCUCACCGUGGCCACCAUGUUCCGCGGCCGCAUGUCCAUGCGCGAGGUCGACGAACAGAUCAUGGCUAUACAGAAUAAGAACUCCAGCUACUUCGUAGAAUGGAUUCCUCAUAACCUCAAAGUGUCGGUUUGUGACGUACCCCCACGCGGUCUCAAAAUGUCUGCCACCUUCAUCGGCAAUACGACGGCUAUUCAAGAAGUUUUUAAACGUAUUUCAGAACAAUUUACUGCUAUGUUCAGAAGAAAGGCUUUCCUUCAUUGGUAUACGGGUGAAGGUAUGGACGAAAUGGAGUUCACUGAGGCUGAUAGUAAUAUGAGCGAUCUUAUUUCGGAAUAUCAGCAGUACCAGGAGGCUGGUGUCGAAGACGAUGACGUGGAAUUUGACGAAAGAGAAGAAGAACAAGAGAAUACAGAAGCAGAGGCAGAUGUCCUGUAGUCUUAAUUCUAUGACUUAUUUAAGUCGUAAAAAGAUAUGAGACUAAGUUUAUUGCCCAAAUCGUUAAAAUUGUAAAAUGUUAUACCUAACGAUUUAUAUAUAUUAUAAAUUUUAUAAGCUCGUUUUUAUAUAUAUUGUUGUGACUAUAUGGACAGUAUUUGUAACUUCAAAUCAGCACAAUUUUUAAAAUUAAAAUAAAUUUACCUUAAUCCCAUGAUUUGGCCAAAAAUGUUUUCAGCACUGUUAUUUCCGUCUCUAGAGCGCAGACUUUUUGCCAGUUAGACUGAAUACUACAUAAAAAAUAAGGAAUUUAAAAUUACCAUUAAAAUUGUAUUAUUUUUCACUCGGUAUACAUGUUCGCAUUAUGCUUCAAUUGAUUAUUAAAAAAUCUCCCUUGAUGCAUUCCAGCUAAUAAUUAAAUCUAGAUAACAUUGCGAAUUAUCAAGGUAUUAUGAUUCUUAUACAAAAGAUCUCUGAACAAUUUUGUCUUAUAAAGGUAUUACGAAAAAAGUGUAAAGUAAUGGACAUUAUGGCACACAAUAAUGAAUGAUGCUUGGUCUGGUUUUAAUAUAUUUCUUGUCGUACAAGUAUACAAGUAUAAUCAAGUAAAAUAAUUUUAUUACUUUCAUUGUCUAUUUUGCUACCUCAAAAUAUUAAUUUUCUCACUAAUGAUGACUUCACUUUAAUGAUUAUUCCAAACUUUAUUAUACGUAUUUUUAACCAAGGAA